GGCGCCCCCUUGGCUAGAGCGGGCCUCCCCACCGUGGGGGUUGCGAUGGCAACAGCGGGCACGAGGCGGGUGUCGCUGUGUGACGUCAUCGUCUCACGUCAUCGGGCUGUGGGUCAUGACGCCACGUCGGCAUGGGCCCCGCGUGGCUGUGAGUGACGUGUCUUACUCCCCGGCGCCCCUUCUCAGCCCCCCUAUUUGGGAGAGCCGGACGCCUCUGACCACGUGCAGAGUUCCUCCUGAGAAGCAGUGCUCUUUUUAAAAAACAGUAGCCAUGGGCGCAGUCGCCCCGAGCAUGUGCAAAGCGCCUUUCUUCCAUGACGGGGACUCUUUCUUGCCCAUCUGCGUGGAGACUGGCCAGGCUCCGUGAAGGAUGGAAUCAAACUCUGUACGGAGUAAAGUGCCCGCUUUCUUAUCAGACCUUGGGAAGGCCACCCUACGGGGCAUCAGGAAGUGCCCCCGAUGUGGCACCUACAACGGGACCCGUGGGCUGAGCUGCAAGAACAAGACCUGUGGGACAGUCUUCCGCUAUGGCACGCGGAAGCAGGCCGGGGUGGAUGCGGUCAGAGUCAUCACCGGCUCCGAGCUGCAAGUCUACUCCGUGCGGCAGAGGGAGCGGGGGCCAGAUUGCCGGUGCUUUGUGGAGCUGGGCAUCUCAGAGACCACCCUCCAGGCCGUGGAUGGGGCCAUCGUCACGCAGCUCAGCUCCGGCCGCUGCCACGUCCCCUCGUGCUUGGAAGCAGCCGCCCAGGGGCUCGUGGAGAACCAGUGCCAGCACAUCAAACUGGCGGCGAACUGCCAGGCGGAGGCCACGCCGCUGACCCUGAAAAGCUCCGUCCUGAGCGCCCUGCAGGCACCGCCCGAGGCGAAGCAGGCCGUCUGGCGGCUGGCCGCCGAGCCCGGGGGCCCCCUGGUCCAGCGGGUCUCCAAGAGCACAAUGGUGGUGAAGUGCGCCGCCAGCCCGAAGCACGGCUUGGGCUACCUGCACACCUCCUUCGCGCGCAGGGCUGGCCCCCGGGGCGCGGUGCAGCACCGCUCUCUCUGCUCCUGCCAGCCCUCCACGCCCAGCCAGGCGAGCGCCACCCCGGAAGCGGCAGGCCAGCGAUGCCUCCACUUCCUCGCCUGCCUCUGCGCCUUUGCCAGCGAUGACGCGCUGGCGCAGGAAUUUGCCGGCUUCCUCAGCUGUGAUUCCAGCGGUCUGCAGCCAAUGAUAGGAGCCGAGCUCGUUUGCUAUCCCGGAACUGUUCUGUACUCGGGAGAUGCCGUUGCCUCCAAGGCGAAGAGGAGGAGAAAGGAUGAGGGCUUAGGUUCGCAAGCAAAUAGCCCCCUCUUGUCUCAGGAUCUGGCAAACAGCAACCUGCGCAAAGGUGGACUGAAAAAGUCAGCUGUGUCGCUGAAAAGGCAAGCUUGCAGCCAGCUGCUUGAUGAGUCGCAGGUGACCUUGUCCUUCCAAGAGUGGCUGGCCAGCGUCACAGAACGCAUCCAUCAAGCCAUGCAUUACCAGUUUGAUGGCAAACCAGAGCCGCUGGUGUUCCACAUACCCCAGUCCUUCUUCGAGGCUUUCCAGCAGAGGAUUUCCAUAGGGAGCAUCAAGAAGCGGCUCCCAAAUUCAACCACAGCUUUUGUCCGGAAAGACGCCUUGCCCCUGGGCACCUUCUCUAAAUACACCUGGCACAUCACAAACAUCCUGCAGGUCAAGCAGAUCUUCGACACGGUUGAGAUGCCCCUGGAGAUAACGCGCAGCUUCAUCCAGAACCGUGAUGGCACCUAUGAGCCCUUUAAGUGCCCCAAGGUGGAGGUGGAGAGCAUCCCAGAGACGUUCGGGCGACUGGAGAAGCAGCCCGUCCUUCGUCCCUUGGAGCUGAAAACCUUCCUGAAAGUGGGUGAGUUUCUGGCGCAGCCGGCAGAGCGCUCCCUUUCCCACGGCGUGUAUCCGGGGGGGUCCGUUCCCUGGCGCGAAGAGGGAGGAGGCGGCGAAGCGCUGUUCCCCUCCCUGUGGCUUCCUCCCACAGGCCACACGUCCCCCGACCAGAAGGAGCCGACCCCAUUCAUCAUCGAAUGGAUCCCCGACAUCCUGCCCCAGUCCAGGAUCGGAGAGCUGCGGAUCAAGUUCGAGUACGGCCACUACCGGAACGGCCACAGCGCCGAGCGCCACGGGCCGCGCCCCCCCUUGGAGCAGGCGCUGGAGCUCCUGCCGCUCACUACCAUCACUUUCCCCUGAGCCACUGCCGAGGCGGCUCCUGGCACAGCCGCCCCGCGGCCGACGGCUCCACCGCCCUCGGGCGCUGCCGGGCCGGGAGCGCGUGGUGGGUGCCCUGCCCCUUCGGCGGAGGCAGCUGCUGCAGUGCCGGUAGCAGCUCACACGGCUCCCUUCCCUUCCCUUCCCUUCCCUUCCCUUCCCUUCCCUUCCCUUCCCUUCCGGCGGCACUUCUGCUGCUCCCUCCAUUUCUGCCCUGAGCCGCGUCUGCCUCAGUCCUUGACGGCCGUCCUCUUGCCGCCCCCUUUUGCCAAAUUGGCAGCUCACCCACAGCACGCAAGCGGGAGGGGUGGAGGGCCCACGUGUUCGGAUGUCUUAGGUAAUUGGUACCUAUGUAUUUGCGUAUUUUGCAAUAUAUUUUUAAAAUAAAUUAAACGGGAUGAACCCACUCUCUCCUGUGCAACCCAGGCAUGUGGGGCCUCGUCCCGUUCGCACAGCC